UCAAAUACAUGUGGUAGUGUUAUAACAUAAUUUUCAACAAUUUACUUUCAAUGACAAUAACAUCCAUGUAAUUAUGUGCCACUAUAUAUUAAAAAAUAAAAUUGAAAAAUGAAUAGUGUCAAUGAGACUCUAAUUGAAGUGAAACAUCGCAACUCCUUGCAUUGCCUUUUAAAGACGUCACGGAGUGUUUUCGUCCAGCAAGCUACAAUAAAUGCACCUUUCGCUCAGAAUCUUCACUCCAGCAGAAAGCGUGAAAGCCCCAGAAACGUGUACGGUCGUGCUCUACCUCCAUCGAUCGAUCGUGAAUAAAUCAGUAGUUUCUGAGCUGUGCUUAGAAUGAUUUCACGCUUCGAUUUCGUGUAACAGAAGUACAGAGUUUCAUUAAAGGUAUACAAUAUACCGAAUACCGUUACAGUUAAUACGUGCAGUAUCAAAUGCUCGAUAUGUUCCAGUAUCAUUGUACGAUUGAUCAGCGCUUUCUAGUGAAAGAAACACGUUUUAUACAUAAACAACCACACGCAACCACUUGAGAAGCUCUUACGCGAAAUCUCGAUCGAUAGCUUGCAGAUCAACUUUACUUUCGACAGAUUUCUCUCAACAUGGAUAUUUCAGAUAUAAUCACAAUAAAUAAUAUUUUGAUAUAAAAUGAAGAUCAUUUGUCAAUAGAAAUGUUAUUUUAUACCACUCAAUAUUUAUUAUUUAAAGUACAUAUCGUUAACAUACAUAAUUCAAGUUGUUCAUCAUCCUUGACAUUUUUAUAAGUACAACAAGUUCAUAUAUUCAUACACAAUGACUCAUACUUCAAGAUAUGUUGGAUACCAUGCUACUACAAAUCGUGAUUAUUUAACGGAUGGCGAUGAAAGCCAUCGUGCUCCAUCAGAUCGAACAGUAUCUGAAUACAUUGUGUCAGCUGAUCAUGCUACAAUGGUAAAAGCAAUGAAAAAAGACCGUCCUGAGAAAUAUGAAAAAGAUGAAGGAAGGCGAUCACGAAGUGCACACAACAGUCGCGUUUCAGUAUUAUCUGGAUCAUCCAGGCAAGGUUUGCAUCCGCUAAGAAAAAGUGCUUCACAUGGUAGUAUAUGUGACAAUGGCUCAGAUAUAUAUGUUACGAGUGCUGCUUAUAGAACAACAUCAGAUAUAAGUCUGUCUCCAAGUUUAAGAAUGGGUCAUCGUGCACCUAGUCAUUGCAGUUAUGGUUCUGCAAAAUCAGUAAAAUCUCACACUUCCAGAAAGGAUGGUAUUAUUAUAGAAACUAUGUCAACGCCUAAUCCGUUUUGUCCAAAUACAAAGGGUGUUUGUUGUCUUAUGCUACUCCUCAAUCUUGGAUUAAUUCUUAUCGCAUUAGGUUUUGUUAUAGUCAUUCAAUUCUUUCAACCAUUGAUAGUUUGGAUUUUGGGAAUAGUCUUCCUUAUAUUUGGAUUUUUAACUUUGAUAGGUAGCUUAAUAUACUGUGUACAUGUAUUUAGAAAUGCUAAGCAUCCCCAUGACAUCAAUCCAGAAGACCUUUGUUGGACAAAGUACUGGCAGGGUCAUGUAGGUUCAGCACCUGAAGUGUACUACAAGACCGAGGAUAAGUAUCAAGAUGAUGGGUACAGUGAUCGUUUGAGUAAAUACUCAAAUAAAUAUUAUGACCGUCAAAGAUAUUAAAAACUAAUUUAAUGCAAAACGUAAAUACAUUCAGCAUAUUUAUGUUUUUUAUUCAUACAAUCACCAAACAAGCAUAAUAACAUAAGAAACUUACACACAAAUUAAUUGAAGAUGAAGAAAAUAUCUAUCGUGUAUAUCCUUGUUAUUAACAUAUGAUAUAAAAACAUAACAUGUACAAUUGUAUUUUGUAUAAAAUGCUAAAUUAUUUAUUUUAUA